CUUUCACCUUCUCUCGCCUUCGUUCCUUUCGCUCUCUCUCUCUCUCUCUCUCCACCUCCCUCCCUCCUCCCCAUCACCAUGGCAUCCCACCGCGCCGAUGCCAGCACUCUCCUCGACAAUCGCGGCUACAAAGGCCCACUCAUCCGCGGCGUCAACCCCGCCACACUCUUCGAAAAGGCCGUCCGCGACCGCAUCACCGACUCCUACUACUGGAAAGAGCAAUGCUUCGGGUUAAACGCCGCGACACUAUGCGACCGGGCGGUCGAGCUGACCGCGAUCGGAGGAACGCACGGGGUCGCCGAGAAGCCGACCCCGUUCCUGUGCCUCGCGUUCAAGCUCCUCCAACUGAACCCGGACCGCCACAUAGUGCUCGAGUACCUGAAUUUCACCGACCCGCUGGGCGACGAAGACGACGAGACGAACGCCACCGCGGAGGAACACGCGCAGAGCAGUGUCGUGAAGCAGAAGGGCGACUUCAAGUACCUGCGCGCCCUGGCGGCCUUCUACAUCCGACUGACGUUUGACGCGGUCGACGUGUACAAGGCGCUGGAGCCGCUCCUUCUCGACUACCGGAAGCUGAAGAGACGGAUGGGCGACACCGUGGUGUUGACGUACAUGGACCAGUUUGUCGAUGACCUGCUGACGAAAGAGCGUGUGUGUGGUACUAGUCUGUGGAAGCUGCCGUCGCGGCAACAAUUGGAGGACUUGGAUCUGCUGGAUGAGCGCGAGAGUCCGUUGGCGGCGGAGCUGGAGGAGAUGGACCGCGAGAGCGAAGAUGGCGAGGCCAGUGAGACAAAGUCUGCGAGAAGUGCGGGCGAUGAUUGAUUGCGACAAUCUGGCGCGGUUUCGCCGGUAUCAACUUCUUGGCUCUGCAAUGUCAAGUCGGGACUUGACUAUGAGUUGUUUCGCUUUCGAAUCUCAGGCUACGAACUCAAUGAGACGUUCUCUUUUUGGGGACAGGCUCUCAGUGGCCAAAUAUUUGCACGCCUCCGAGUAGGCUGCGGCUACCACCACCAGCACCCCGUGGGUCUACCUACCUGCGAUUGUCGGUUGGGCUCAAAGCGUUCCAGCAUUGGGCGCACGAUAUCACAUUGGGGU